AUGAAUAUUCAUGCACAGCAGAGCCAAGCAUGCACGGUCCAGUUCUGUGCUGUUCGCUCCUUCCUUGUCACCAUGACAAACACCAAUCGUCCUGUAGCUGCUCCGGGGAUUUGGCCUCGCUUCCUCCGAGACCCUUCCCGUUCAGAAACAUCCCCGGCGACACGUUACCGCCACAUGAUUUCCCAUGCCGAGAUGAAAGCGCUGUGGCGUUCCUGUAAUUGCAGGCAGCUUCAGCAGCAACAGCAGGCCGAACUGGAGGUUCACCAGAGAGAUGGACUUACUGCUUAUGACCUGUCACAGGUGCCGGUUGCCAGCGUCCCAGCUGGGGUUCACGAGGCAGGCAAGACCAUCGACAAAACCGAUUCACUGUUCUCGCAGGAGAGAGACCCGCGCUUCAGCGACAUGUACUCAGGGAUCCCUGGAUCUGAUAAGAAGAUGAUGGUGCCGUCCUCCACUGCUGGCGGCCAGCAGUUAUACUCUCAAGGGAGCCCCUUUCAACCCGGACACUCUGGCAAGAGCUUCAGCUCAUCUGUGAUCCACGUCCCAGGAGUCAAUGACAUCCAGUCCACAGCCGGUUCGGCAGGACAGAACCUGACCCAGAUCUCCCGGCAGAUCAACGCCGGCCAGGUGUCCUGGACAGGAAGCAGACCUCCCUUCUCCAGCCAGCAGAUUCCUGCUCAGUCUAACAAGGCCCAGUCUUCACCGUUCGGCAUCGGCUCCAGCCACAGCUACCAGGCCGACCCGUCCUCUUACAGCCCUCUGUCCAGCCCCGCCACCUCCUCGCCCUCUGGAAACGCCUACUCCAACCUAGCCAAUCGCAGCAAUGCUUUCGAUGUGUCGGGUGAAGGCGGUCAGAGCGGAGGGCAGUUCCAGGGCCGGCCGUCUGAGGUCUGGUCUCAGUGGCAGAGUCAACACCACAGUCAGCAGGGAGGAGACCAGCAUCCUCAUCCUCAGUCCAGCCAGAGCGAGGUCUUCCAGGUGAACUCACUGUCAGACACAUCAAUAUCCACCUGUGUGCAGUACACCGGAGACGUCUGUUGAUGGGAAAUUGAACAUUUGAAGGUCUAAC